AUGGCGGGUAACAAGUCGAAGAAUAUGAAGUUGAUUAAUGAUCAUCUUAGAAAGAUCAACAAGCCUUUUGUUAAGUCAAUUAAGAGUCCAGAUGGUGAUAUAAUAGACUGCGUUUUGUUUCAUCUCCAGCCCGCUUUUGAUCUUCCUGAAUUAAAAAACAAAAUAUCAGUGAUGGUUCAACCAGAGUUACCAAAAGAAGAUUAUCAUAAAACGGGUACUAACCCGGAAAUCAAACAAUUAUGGAGUUUAAAGGGUGAAUCAUGCCCAAAUGGAACCAUUCCAAUUAAAAGAACAAGUGCUGGAGACAUUUUGAAAACCAAUUCAAUUCCUAAGUUUGGGAAGAAAUAUAGUAGAAAGGACACCCAACCUACCCCUGGCCAUGAGCAUUCAAUUGGAUAUGUAAGGGAAGGAGAGUUCUACGGAGCAAAGGCGAUUCUAAACGUGUGGAAACCAAAUGUUACUGGACUUGAUUUUAGCCUUUCACAAAUUUGGGUCGUGGCUGACGUUCCAACUCGUCCCGUUAACACUAUUGAAGUUGGUUGGCAUGUGUAUCCAAGUGCAAACAGUGAUAAUCUCCCAAGACUUUUUGCUUUGUGGACUCCCGAUGGAUAUCGGUCAGGCUGCUACAACAUGUUAUGUCCAGGGUUCGUCCAAACUAAUUCAAAGGUGUGUCUUGGAGCUUCUAUAAAACCAAUAUCAACAUACAACGGUAAACAAUACGAAAUCGCGUUAUUGGUAUGGAAGGACCCGAAUAGCAAGGACUGGUGGUUGAGAGUGGGAACGGAAGUGAUUGGGUUCUGGCCAGCAGAGUUAUUCACAGAUCUUCAUGACCGCGCAAACAGAAUAGAUUAUGGUGGAGAAGUGUAUUCUGCUACAUACUCGGGUACCCACACAUCGACUCAAAUGGGUAGUGGCCACUUCCAAGAUGAAGGUUAUAAGAAAGCAGCGUUUGCUAGGAACUUGGAAAUGGUUGAUCAAGAUAAUUAUUUGCGUGAAGUUUCUAAUCUAAAUAUAUUUGUAGAGAAACCCAAUUGUUAUGGCAUUAAUAAUGGGCAUAGUGAUGCUUGGGGUAACUAUAUAUUUUUUGGAGGACCUGGAUAUAAUCCAAAUUGUCUCUAA